AUGUAUCAACGCGCCCUGCUCUUCUCUGCGCUCUGGAGCGCAGCUCGCGCUCAACAGGCCGGAACCUCGACUGCGGAAACUCAUCCUGCUCUGACCUGGCAGAAGUGUACUGCUGCUGGCAGCUGCACAGAGCAGAGUGCUUCCGUGGUCAUUGAUUCCAACUGGCGCUGGGUUCACUCCGUAGAAGGCUACACAAACUGCUACACUGGGAACACUUGGGAUGCCACUUUGUGCCCUGAUGAUGAGACCUGUGCUUCAAACUGUGCACUGGAUGGCGCCGACUAUGAAGGCACCUACGGUGUCACCACCAGCGGUGACGCGUUGACACUCAAAUUCGUCACCGGGUCCAAUGUCGGCUCGCGUCUCUACCUCAUGGACACCAGCGAUGAGGAAUACCAGACAUUCGACCUCUUGGACGCCGAGUUUACCUUCGAUGUCGACGUGUCCAACCUCCCUUGUGGACUGAACGGUGCCUUGUACUUCACCGCCAUGGACGCCGACGGCGGAGUGUCCCGAUUCCCGGCCAACAAGGCCGGCGCCAAAUAUGGAACAGGAUACUGCGAUUCCCAGUGCCCGCGGGAUCUGAAAUUCAUUGACGGACAGGCGAACGUGGAAGGUUGGACCCCGUCGACCAGCAACUCCAACUCCGGCGUCGGCAACCACGGCUCCUGCUGCCCGGAGAUGGACAUCUGGGAAGCGAACAAGAUUUCGACCGCGUUCACUCCGCACCCCUGCGACUCAACCACCCAGGUAAUGUGCGAGGGCGACGCCUGCGGCGGAACCUACUCCUCCAGCCGCUACGCGGGCACCUGCGACCCCGACGGCUGCGACUUCAACACCUACCGCAUGGGCAACGAUUCGUUCUUCGGCCCCAGCAAGACUGUCGACUCCAACUCGAAGAUGACGGUCGUCACCCAGUUCAUCAAGGGCAGCUCGGGCUCCCUGUCCGAGAUCCGCCGCUACUACGUGCAGAACGGCAACGUGAUUGCCAACGCCGCGUCCGAGAUCAGUGGCGUCUCUGGUAACUCGAUCACCUCCGACUUCUGCACGGCUCAGAAGAAGGCCUUUGGGGACGAAGACAUCUUCGGAGACCACCAGGGACUCACCAAGAUGGGCGACGCCCUCUCGUCCAUGGUCCUCAUCAUGAGUCUGUGGGAUGACUCCUACUCCAGCAUGGAGUGGCUGGAUAGCCACUAUCCCACCAACGCCACUGUGACCGACCCCGGUGUUGCCCGCGGCACUUGCGAGACCGGCGAGGGUAACCCCAAGACAGUUGAGGCAGCGCACCCCGACGCUUCCGUCACCUUCUCCAAUAUCAAGUUCGGCCCGAUCAACUCGACCUUCAGCGCUUAGAUGGCAGAGGCGAGUGAGUAUCGGGUGAGCUCAGCAGCGAACACAUCAGGGCAGGCUCCUGACGUGAGGAAAACGGGUCCCGCUCUGGUCAACGAGAUUGGGCCCCUAUACAUGGCUCUUUUUACAUUUUUCUUUCCGUUUCUUCGUUCGUUUCUGCUCAAUCUUCUUUCGUGACUUCUCUGAAUCUGAUCUUUUCUUGCAAUUGUAU